AUGAGCGCAGAUGCAGAAAUGGCUGCUUUUGGGGAGGCGGCGCCCUACCUACGAAAGUCUGAGAAAGAACGGAUCGAAGCACAAAAUCGACCCUUCGAAGCGAAGACUGCUUGCUUUUGCGUGGAUCCGAAAGAGGAAUUCACCAAAGGCAACAUCAAGAGCAAGGAAGGUGGCAAAGUGGUCGUUGAAACCAUAAAUAAGCAGACUGUAACUGUGAAAGAAGACGAAGUCUUCCCAAUGAACCCUCCAAAAUUCGAUAAAAUCGAAGAUAUGGCCAUGAUGACUCAUCUGAGUGAACCAGCCGUGCUGUUUAACCUCAAAGAGCGUUAUGCAGCUUGGAUGAUCUAUACCUACUCUGGGCUGUUCUGUGUCACGGUGAACCCCUACAAGUGGUUGCCAGUGUACAACCCCGAGGUCGUGGCGGCUUACAGGGGCAAGAAGCGUCAAGAGGCUCCUCCCCACAUCUUCUCCAUCUCUGAUAACGCCUAUCAGUUCAUGCAAACUGACCGUGAAAAUCAGUCCAUCCUGAUCACUGGAGAAUCUGGUGCUGGGAAGACUGUGAACACGAAACGUGUCAUUCAGUACUUUGCCUUGGUUGCAGCCGGUUCAGAUGCCAAGAAGAAGGAGAAGGAGCAAACUGGCUCUCUAAAGGGAACACUGGAGGAUCAAAUCAUCCAAGCUAACCCUCUGCUGGAAGCUUUUGGUAAUGCCAAGACAGUGAGAAAUGACAACUCGUCUCGCUUUGGUAAAUUCAUAAGAAUUCACUUUGGAGCCACAGGAAAACUGGCCUCCGCUGAUAUUGAAACUUAUCUGCUGGAGAAAUCCAGAGUUACAUUCCAGUUAAAAGCUGAAAGAAGCUAUCACAUUUUCUACCAGAUUACAAGCAACAAAAAGCCAGAACUUAUCGAAAUGUUACUCAUUACCACCAACCCCUACGACUUCCAUUUUGUUAGCCAGGGGGAGAUCAGUGUUCCCAGUAUCGAUGACGAGGAGGAACUGAUGGCAACUGAUGAAGCCAUUGACAUUUUGGGCUUUACAAGUGAAGAGAAAACAGGCAUCUACAAACUUACCGGUGCAGUAAUGCACUAUGGCAACCUAAAGUUCAAACAGAAACCACGAGAGGAACAAGCAGAGCCUGAUGGCACUGAAGUUGCUGACAAAGCUGCUUAUCUGAUGGGUCUCAACUCUGCUGAUUUACUCAAAUCUUUGUGUUUCCCACGAGUAAAGGUUGGCAAUGAAUAUGUGACAAAAGGUCAGACUGUACAGCAGGUGAACAAUGCUGUUGGUGCCCUUGCAAAAUCAGUCUAUGAGAAAAUGUUCUUGUGGAUGGUGAUUCGUAUCAACCAGCAAUUGGACACAAAACAGCCCAGGCAGUUUUUCAUUGGUGUGCUGGACAUUGCUGGUUUUGAAAUCUUUGAUUUCAACAGCUUUGAACAGUUAUGUAUAAACUUCACUAAUGAGAAGCUGCAGCAAUUCUUCAAUCACCACAUGUUUGUUCUGGAACAAGAAGAGUACAAGAAGGAAGGAAUUGAAUGGGAAUUCAUUGAUUUUGGUAUGGAUCUGGCUGCUUGCAUUGAGCUCAUUGAAAAGCCCAUGGGGAUUUUCUCAAUCCUGGAAGAGGAGUGUAUGUUUCCCAAGGCUUCAGAUACCACCUUCAAGAAUAAGUUAUAUGAUCAGCACCUUGGAAAAUCCAAAAACUUUCAGAAACCCAAGCCUGCUAAGGGCAAGGCUGAAGCUCACUUUGCCUUAAUCCACUAUGCUGGCAUUGUGGACUACAACGUCAGUGGUUGGCUGGAAAAGAAUAAGGACCCACUCAAUGAAACUGUUAUUGGGCUAUACCAGAAGGCUUCUCUGAAACUGUUGCAAACACUUUAUGCUGGUCAUUCAGCAGAAGCUGAAGCUGGUGGCAAGAAAGGAGGCAAAAAGAAGGGUUCAUCUUUUCAGACUGUCUCAGCUUUGUUUAGGGAAAAUCUGAAUAAAUUGAUGACUAACUUGAGGUCUACUCACCCACAUUUUGUGCGCUGCAUAAUUCCGAAUGAGACAAAGACACCAGGUGCUAUGGAUAAUUACUUAGUUAUGCAUCAGCUCAGAUGUAAUGGUGUACUUGAAGGAAUCAGAAUCUGCAGAAAGGGAUUUCCAAGUAGAAUUCUGUAUGGUGACUUUAAGCAAAGAUACAGGAUUCUGAAUGCAAGUGCAAUUCCUGAAGGACAGUUCAUUGAUAGCAAGAAAGCAUCUGAAAAACUCUUGAGUUCCAUCGAUGUUGAUCACACCCAGUACAAGUUUGGUCAUACUAAGGUGUUUUUCAAAGCUGGUCUCUUGGGUCUUCUUGAAGAGAUGAGAGAUGACAAGUUGGCAGAACUUGUUACCCGCAUACAAGCUGUCAGCCGCGGAUUUCUCAUGAGAGUUGAAUUCAAGAAAAUGAUGGAGAGAAGAGAAUCUGUCUUUACCCUGCAGUACAACAUCCGUGCAUUCAUGAACGUCAAGCACUGGCCGUGGAUGAAACUGUUCUUCAAGAUCAAGCCUCUUCUAAAGAGCGCUGAAUCUGAAAAGGAAAUGGCAAACAUGAAAGUGGAAUUUGAAAAGACUAAAGAAGCACUAGCUAAAUCUGAAGCAAGAAGAAAGGAAUUGGAGGAGAAAAUGGUGACACUGGUACAGGAAAAAAAUGACCUGGUUCUUCAAGUGCAAUCGGAAAGUGAAACACUGGCAGAUGCUGAAGAAAGAUGUGAAGGUCUUAUUAAAAAUAAAAUUCAACUUGAGGCUAAACUUAAAGAAGCAAAUGAAAGGCUAGAGGAUGAAGAGGAAAUAAAUGCUGAGCUUACUGCCAAGAAAAGAAAAUUGGAAGAUGAGUGCUCAGAACUGAAAAAAGAUAUCGAUGACUUGGAGCUUACUUUAACCAAAGUUGAAAAGGAGAAACAUGCUACAGAAAACAAGGUCAAGAACCUUACAGAGGAAAUGGCCACCCUUGAUGAAAGCAUUGUCAAGUUAACAAAGGAAAAGAAAGCUCUACAAGAGGCCCACCAGCAGACAUUGGAUGACCUGCAAGCUGAGGAAGACAAAGUCAAUACACUCACCAAGGCCAAGUCGAAAUUGGAACAGCAAGUUGAUGAUCUCGAAGGAUCUCUGGAACAAGAGAAAAAACUACGCAUGGAUCUUGAAAGGUCCAAGCGAAAACUGGAAGGUGACCUUAAAUUAGCUCAUGAAAUAAUAAUGGAUCUGGAAAACGACAAGCAGCAAAUGGAUGAGAAACUGAAAAAAAAGGAAUUUGAAAUUAGUCAACUACUAAGCAAGAUUGAGGAUGAGCAGGUCCUAGGUGGUCAGCUACAAAAGAAAAUCAAAGAGCUUCAGGCUCGUAUUGAAGAGCUUGAGGAGGAAAUUGAAGCUGAACGUGCCUCUCGUGCUAAGACUGAGAAGCAGAGAGCUGACCUUGCUCGGGAACUUGAAGAAAUCAGUGAACGACUAGAAGAAGCUGGAGGUGCGACUGCAGCACAGAUUGAAAUGAACAAGAAACGUGAAGCGGAGUUUCAGAAGAUGCGGCGCGAUCUGGAAGAAGCAACCCUCCAGCAUGAAGCCACAGCUGCUGCUCUUCGUAAGAAGCAGGCUGAUAGUGUGGCUGAACUUGGGGAACAAAUCGACAACCUGCAACGUGUGAAACAGAAGCUGGAGAAGGAAAAGAGUGAGCUGAAGAUGGAAAUUGAUGACCUGGCUAGUAACAUGGAAUCCAUGUCCAAAUCUAAGGCUAACUUUGAGAAGCUCUGUCGUACUCUUGAGGACCAACUUAGUGAGGUGAAGGCAAAGAAUGAUGAGAACGUACGUCUGGUUAAUGACCUGGCAGCCCAUAAGGCUCGUCUGCAAACUGAAAAUGGCGAGUUUUCACGCCAAAUGGAAGAAAAGGAUUCCCUAGUUUCUCAACUGACAAGAGGAAAACAAGCAUUCACUCAACAGAUUGAAGAGCUAAAAAGACAACUGGAAGAAGAACUGAAGGCUAAGAACGCCUUGGCACAUGCUCUGCAAUCUUCCCGCCAUGACUGUGAUUUGCUCCGUGAACAAUAUGAAGAGGAACAGGAGGCAAAGGCCGAGCUCCAGCGCGGCAUGUCCAAGGCCAACAGUGAAGUUGCUCAGUGGAGGACAAAAUACGAAACUGAUGCAAUCCAGCGCACAGAGGAACUGGAAGAUGCCAAGAAAAAACUUGCCCAGCGACUCCAAGAGGCUGAGGAUCAAAUCGAGGCAGUAAAUUCCAAGUGUGCUUCACUGGAAAAGACUAAGCAGCGAUUACAAAAUGAAGUGGAAGAUCUAAUGAUUGACGUGGAGAGAGCUAAUGCUGCUGCAGCCGCUCUUGAUAAAAAGCAAAGGAAUUUUGACAAGAUUCUGGCAGACUGGAAACAAAAGUAUGAGGAAUGCCAAUCUGAAUUGGAGGCAUCUCAGAAGGAAUCUCGAUCUUUAAGCACCGAACUCUUCAAAAUGAAGAAUGCUUAUGAGGAAUCUUUGGACCAACUUGAAACACUCAAGCGAGAGAACAAGAAUCUUCAACAGGAGAUCUCAGAUUUGACUGAACAGCUCGGAGAGAGUGGCAAGGCACUACAUGAGAUAGAAAAGGCUAAGAAACAGGUUGAGACAGAAAAGAGUGAAAUCCAGACUGCCCUGGAAGAAGCGGAGGCUUCCCUUGAGCAUGAAGAAAGCAAAUUUAUGCGUAUCCAGCUGGAGUUAAAUCAAGUAAAGUCAGAAAUCGACAGAAAGAUUGCUGAGAAAGAUGAAGAAAUUGAUCAAAUUAAGAGGAACAAUCAGAGAGUCGUAGACACUCUGCAAACAUCUCUGGAGGCAGAAAUCAGAAGCCGAAAUGAUGCUCUGAGAAUCAAAAAGAAAAUGGAAGGUGAUCUCAAUGAAAUGGAGAUUCAGUUGAGUCAUGCAAAUCGCCAGGCUACAGAAGCUACGAAGCAUCUCAGGAUUGUACAGACGCAACUUAAGGAUGCUCAGCUACAAAUUGAUGAAACUUUGCGGAGCAAUGAGGACCUGAAGGAGCAACUGGCUAUGUCUGAACGCAGAAACAACCUUCAGCAAGCUGAAAUAGAAGAAUUGAGAGCAGCACUGGAACAGACAGAAAGGGCUCGCAAGCUGGCUGAACAAGAACUUGUUGAUGCUAGUGAGCGUGUACAACUUUUACAUUCUCAGAACACCAACCUCAUCAACACCAAAAAGAAGCUUGAAACAGAUAUCUCCCACCUUCAGUCUGAGGUUGAGGAAGCCAUUCAGGAGGCAAGAAAUGCUGAUGAGAAGGCCAAAAAGGCAAUUACUGAUGCUGCUAUGAUGGCAGAAGAGUUAAAGAAGGAGCAGGAUACCAGUGCCCACCUUGAGAGAAUGAAGAAAAACCUUGAUCAAACAGUGAAGGACCUACAGCAUCGUUUGGAUGAGGCUGAACAGUUGGCCAUGAAAGGGGGAAAGAAACAGAUCCAGAAACUGGAAGCCAGGGUACGUGAACUGGAGAAUGAAUUUGAAGCUGAGCAGAAGCGUUGCGCAGAAGCUGUCAAAGGAGCUCGCAAGUAUGAAAGGAGGGUCAAAGAACUCACCUAUCAGUCUGAGGAAGAUAGAAAGAAUCUCCUGAGAUUGCAGGAUUUGGUUGACAAACUACAAAUGAAAGUUAAAGCCUACAAGAGGCAGUCUGAAGAAUCUGAGGAACAGGCUAACAUUCAUUUGUCCAAGUUCAGAAAGGUGCAACAUGAGCUUGAGGAGGCUGAGGAACGUGCUGAUAUUGCCGAAUCCCAGGUCAACAAACUCAGGGCUAAAAGCCGUGACAUCCAGAAAGUAAUAGUCCAAGCUGAAGAGUAA